AUGCAGCUUUUAUUUUUAGAAAUGUACAACACGAUGGACGAGGAAGAUGAGUUCGGCAUGAGCAAGAUGACACGAGACGCUGACCCUAUGGAACUGGAGUCCGAAGACAAACGACUUGUUCCUCUGUGGAUGAUGUGCAUGCCUGUCCAGAGAGAUCUGAGCCAGUGGACAAUUUUAGAGGCUCAGAUACGUCCUGAUCGCUCGUGGGAUAUUAUCAAGGAGCUUAUUGCGACUGUAUGCAUGUCCAAAGGACUUUUGGUGAUGGAGGAACACACAAACUCAAUGCUGUUUCGCAAAAAGAUAAUGCAGGAGUCAGUAGCUCACGGCAUUUCCGACUCAAUUACAUAUUUAAAUGUGUAUGUGCACAUUGACGUAUCUCCGUCCAAGUUGCGGGUGGUGAACAUUUGCGCGUUGGUGUCGGCGGAGAAUAAUCUACUGAGCGGAAUGGUGUCUACAGGAAGGCAUGCGUUGUGGGAGGGUCAGGACCGCAAGCAGUCGCAUAAAUAUGUGCUGGACAACUUAUUGGGAGCUUUACAAGCAACCAUGCUUAGUCAGUGUCUGUCGCUCAGCGAUUUGUACAUGUCAACGCCUGAAAAUUCAAUGGAUACAGUUGACAAAGCAGAGUUGGAUGAAGGAUAUAUUGCAGAUGUGAAGAGAGCGUUUAGCAGUGAAAUGAAGGCACAUAUGAGAGAUCUUUGUAUUCCAUUGGAAUCGUAUGCUUUUGACCAAGAAUUUGCGUGUGCAAUGCUGAUUGGACUGCUCGAGCCGACGUUAAAGAAGUACGGGAUAAAGCUCACGGGUACAAAAACACGAUCUGAAUCUUCGAAAAGUAAUGCGAGCUCACCGGCCAAAGAUGUUGAAGCUUUGUUUAUUCCGGAGGAUGUGUCAGCUUUCAAGGGAGAGAAGAAUCCUUGCCAAAAUAAGCUCGACCUGCCUAGUGAUAUAAAAAUUCUUCAGUCUUUACGCGAUGAUGUUACUACGUCUUUAAUCGAUCAAACUACUUCAAGCCAGCCUAGUAAAAUAUAUGGCGAAGUGGUAUCAGAUCUUGUGCAAAAUCUUUGGCGAGUUUGCAAAGAGGAUUGCGAACUUAGGCUCCGAGCAAAGUUCAAAGAAAAGCAAGAGCAGGUAAGUAUCCGAGUGGAAUCUGUGCAACAUUUACGAACCCAGGCAAUACAAGCGAUUAUAGAAGUAGAUGGUGCCCAACAGUCAAAUCUUCACCAAGCUCCAGGAAGUGACAGAUCCAACGUGCUUCUGUACGAGGCUUCUUGCAUGGCUAAUGGUAUUCCUGUAACACUCCAUGUGACGUCAGGGUGUUUAAUAUAUCGGACUAUGGUUCCCGUGUUCGCACAUACCACUGUGGUUGAAUUUAAAGAUGUUUUGAAUGUCAAGCAGACUACUUCUUUCGGCAUUCAGGUGGUAUAUCUGGAGCUGGAUCCUACAAAGCAUGCAAAAGGAUUGACUAUUGCCAUGGGCCUUGAAGUUGAUUUACUCUACCAAUUGUUACACGAGCUUUACUUAAUGCACCAAUGCAAACUAAAGUCAAGUAUCUCCUCCUCAAUGCCGCCAUUGCAGCAGCAGGAAACCGAAAAAGAUCCAAUCGAGAUGAAAAAAAUUUUAGGAUCUGAGGAAGAGACGAAAGAAGAUGAAACGUCCCCCGCACCUGAAUCUAAUACUGAUGCAAACGCCAUUUCCAGCAAAGCCAGUGCCAACUCUUAA